GAGGCGGUCUUGUCGGUGUAGCGGGAGAUCCAUCUCUGUCCCUGCUGAAACUGCUGCUCGGCCGCGCUGGGUGCGGAGUCUGGCUUUUAUGGAAACACCUGUUCGUGAGGGAAGGGGCUGAGGCGGCCGCAUGGCUGUCGGGAAGAGGCCAGACCUUUCCUGCAGUGCCCAGCCCCUGCGGGCAUUGCACAUCCCUUCCAGUCACGGCCCUCAGAACACGGCCCUGGCUGCCGUCAGGGCAGGACUGUGAGUCUGUUGUGAGCACGGGCAGUGUCCUGCAGCACUGCAACGUCCGUGGCCAACGCUGAGUUCUUGUAACCAUUUGCUGUCAUUUAUUAGCUAUUUUACAAACAUCAGAUUUAUCAUUACCUCCUUGGCAGGCGUUUCAGGGGUUUUCAGUGUGCCUGCUUUGAUUUCAUUCGCCAUGCAGAAGGUCUCAGGAGCCAUCUAGAAGCCUUGUCCACACUGAUGCUUUACAGUCACGGCUCCUGACUGUAUGUUUAAGAAGAUAUGGGAAGAAUAUGGAAAUGCUGGUGAACUGCUUCUCUUGGAUAAAAUUACCUUACUUUUAAAGGAGGAUUUUAUUUGAGGACAAACUGAAAUUCAAGCUUCCUGCUUGAAGGCCUUGAUGUUUGGGUUCUGCUGACAGAGAGGUGGUGGCUGAAGUUGCCAGUGAAGAGUCUGCUCCACCAGUGGUGCACAGUCCUUGGAGUGGUGAAGAGGCCAUGUAUUGAUAUUGUUUUUAAGCAAACAAGGAAGUAAGCCAUUCUUGCUUCUCAGGGCUUUCUAUCCUACACUGUGCCUUAAACAUGGAGACUGUAGAAAUGAAUAACAUAUCCUUGAAACGUCCUCAUUCUGAGGAUGAUGCGGCUAAUGCGGAUGAAAUUAAAAGACAGAAGAUCUCAGAGAACUCUAAGACAGGAAGCAACUCUGAGCAGAAUGUUCAGACUGUAAUAGAACAACCUGACAAAUCUAUGCUCGAGGACACCAAAAAUGAAAUAAUUCCCAAUGAGGAGGGUGAGGAGCAGGAAGAUGAGGAACUAGAGGACAGUGAUGAAGAUGGAGAUCCAGAGAGCUUUGCAGACAUGAUGAAGCACGGACUGACAGAAAGCGAUGUUGGCAUAACUAAAUUUGUUAGCUGUCACAAAGGAUUUUCUGGAAUCUUAAAAGAGAGGUACUCAGACUUCGUUGUUCACGAAAUAGGCAAAGAUGGACGUGUGAGCCAUUUGGAUGACUUCACUGUCCCAGUGGAUGAUGAGGAUCCAUCAGAAGAAACAUUCACUGUUUUGUCAGAUGAAGACAAGAAGCGUUUAGAGGAGCUCCAGCUUCUUAAGAAUAAGGAAACUAGCGUGGCCAUAGAGGUCAUUGAAGACACUAAAGAAAAAAGAACAGUUAUUCACCAAGCUGUUAAGUCCUUGUUUCCUGGGCUGGAGACUAAAACAGAAGAUCGAGAUGGAAAAAAAUACAUUAUUGCCUAUCACGCUGCUGGGAAAAAAGCACUGGCAAAUCCAAGAAAACACUCUUGGCCAAAAUCCAGGGGAAGCUACUGCCAUUUUGUACUGUACAAGGAGAACAAGGAUACAAUGGAUGCCAUUAAUGUCCUAUCAAAAUUUUUAAGAGUGAAGCCAAACAUAUUUUCUUACAUGGGAACUAAAGAUAAAAGGGCUAUAACAGUUCAAGAAAUUGCUGUUCUUAGAAUCACUGCACAAAGACUUGCUCAUUUGAAUAAAUGCUUGAUGAACUUUAAAUUAGGAAAUUUCAGUUAUAAGAAUCAUCCACUGAAAUUAGGAGAACUGCAAGGGAACCAUUUCACUGUUGUUCUCAGAAAUAUAACAGGAACUGAUGACCAGAUAGAGCAAGCAAUGAACUCUCUCAGGGAAAUUGGAUUCAUUAACUACUAUGGAAUGCAAAGAUUUGGAACCACAGCUGUUCCUACAUAUCAAAUUGGCAGAGCUAUUCUACAGAACAACUGGAAUGAAGUAAUGGAUUUGAUACUGAAACCACGACCAGGAGCUGAGAAGGGAUACUUAGUAAAAUGCAGAGAAGAAUGGGCAAAGACAAAAGAUCCAGCAGCAGCUCUCAAAAAACUACCUGUAAAAAGGUGCGUGGAAGGACAGCUUCUACGCGGACUGUUAAAGUAUGGAAUGAAGAACAUAAUCUCUGCAUUUGGCAUAGUGAGUGUAAAAGUGCUGUGGGGCAUUUACUGGAAUAAACAUAUUCUUCUUACGGUAUCACAUGAAUUUGAAAUAGACUCAUCAGGCUUCUGUUAGUCUAAACUUGUGUAA